AUGAGCAGACUUUCUGAUGACGCCUUCGAGAGCCCAGCUGGUGCACUACAGGCUCCUCUCGAUCGAGGCAUCUGGCUUGGGACAGGAUCAAACCUCAACGCUCCACAGACAGCACAGCUUCCCGAUUUCCUCGCCUCUUCUCUGCACAAAACGAGCCUGGUGGGCAGUCAAAAUGUUGACACGAAAGGAAGUCGGUGGACGUGGCUGGAUCUUCAUGCGAUUUUGAUCGAAUCACAUAUUCUAGUUAUGAAGAUCAAAGGGAGCUGUCGACCUUACCUUUGGGGCAUUCUACUCAUGGCCUGGGUGGCUGCAAACGACGUAGGUGGGUGCUAUUUUUCACAGGUUUGCAUUGUGACAGUGUCACUGCAGAAUCAUAUGAAUUUAAAUCGAAGGUAUGAAGACCAAGAUGGUGUGGCCUUUUGUGUGGUCGUAGUCUCCUUUCUUUGUAUACAAGUUGUUUGA